GCAUACAGUAUAAAUACAGUGCUCAGCCUUGCCAUCUCCCACAGAGCGUGCCAGACCAGAAACAACUCCGCUCCAGAGAGAGUAAAGACGCAAAGAUGAAGGUGUCAUAUGUGGCCGCUUUCCUCAUCGGGCUCCUCUCCCUGGAGAGCACCAGAGCAGUUCCGUUGAAAAACCAGUUGUGGUCUGUGGGCUCUGGUAGCGUAAAGACCGGUGACGUGGGCCACGGCAGCUUUAACGACAACAGCAAAAACAACCAAUUCUGGUCAGUGGACUCUGGUAGCGUAAACACCGGUAACGUGGGCCACGGCAGCUUUAAUGACAACAGCAUAAACAACAAAUUCUUGCCAGUGAAAAACAACAAAUUCUGGUCAGUGGGCUCUGGUAGCGUAAAGACUGGUGACGUGGGCCACGGCAGCUUUAACGACAACAGCAAAAACAACCAAUUCUGGUCAGUGGACUCUGGUAGCGUAAACACCGGUAACGUGGGCCACGGCAGCUUUAACGACAACAGUAUAAACAACAAAUUCUUGCCAGUGAAAAACAACAAAUUCUGGUCAGUGGGCUCUGGUAGCGUAAACACUGGAGACGUGGGCCACGGCAGCUUUAACGACAACAGCAUAAACAACAAAUUCUUGCCAGUGAAAAAGAACAAAUUCUGGUCAGUGGGCUCUGGUAGCGUAAACACCGGUGACGUGGGCCACGGCAGCUUUAACGACAACAGCAUAAACAACAAAUUCUUGCCAGUGAAAAAGAACAAAUUCUGGUCAGUGGGCUCUGGUAGCGUAAAUACCGGUGACGUGGGCCACGGCAGCUUUAACGACAACAGUAAAAACAACAAAUUCUGGUCAGUGGACUCUGGUAGCGUAAACACCGGUGACGUAGGCCAUGGCAGCUUUAACGACAACAGCAAAAACAACAAAUUAUGCUUAGUGGGCUCCGGAAGCAAAAAGACCGGCAAAGUGGUCGACAGCAGCUUUGACAACAAAAGCACCCUGGAAUGAUUAAUUAAUAAGAGAGACGCUGAUGAAACCACAUUUGCUGAAUACGGCGAUGAUGCCUGCCAUUACGCUUCCUGUGCUGCUGCCUCUCACCUCUCCUGACCAAUCAAAUGGCACAUGAGAAUCAUCAAUUGGACUGAUUGGGACUCUAACGGAUUACUGUGCUGUUCAUUGAUUGUGGUUUCUUUCGAUGUAACAGAGGGCAAAGAACUCUGUCCCUCUCUUGCCCUGGCGAAUGGCAAGAGCUUUGCAAAAACACAAAUAAAUGCAA